GCAACACCGCAGACGUGCGUAUGUGCGUGGGAAGUUUAGUUUUAACACAAAGCGUAGCUGUGGAAGUGUACGCGGUUGGAAAGUAACUGUGAACGUGCGGUUUUCGGCAGAUUUUUAACCUCGAAGAAGAGGAGGAUAGGCCGAGCAUAUGCAUGCUAGGCGAUGACGCUUUGAUCCCCGGCGAAGUGGAGUCAGCAGGGGUAGCAGCGACAGCAGAAGAGCAGUGGCAGGGAAAGGCUGCACCGCGCGACGCCGGGAAAAUCGACAUGGGAAAGUAUUGGCUGAACGUUGUCCUCCUUCGAGUCGUCCUUCCGGUCAUCCUCACCCUUUGUGCAGUAUGGAGGCCUACGGGAUUAUCGGUCAUCUACUUGGCCCUGAUGUUGUACCUGCCUAUGGUGCCGAUACCAUCCAGCAAAACGAUGAACGGACACACUGGUCGUUACUUAAUCGUCGCAAUGGGUCUGUGCUUCCUAACAGCCGUCAUACAAAUAACGUUUCAAUUCGUGCUGUUGGCCUUGCAACCCUAUGGGCACUUCCUGAAAGAUUGCGAAUUCUUAGAGACAAUCUUAAGACACUUCGGUCUUGUAAGAUUUAACAACGCUACAACGUGGAUGGUGUUUUACUGGCUCAGUCCAGAGCUCGUCUCCUUACCCUCCAUUGUCCUCCUGUAUGUCUUUUGUCGGAGGUUGACUCAUGAAAGACAACAAGGAGAUGAAGAUCGGUUCAGCACCAAAGAAUCCGCACCUCCGUCACAGAAGGUGAUUGAUUUCUUGGGUACUGUAGGUACCUAUGCGGUACUUUUUUCGUUGUGCUGUGUUGGCACUCUACAGCCGUCCGUGGAAGGAGGACUAUAUUUUCUUGUCUUCCUUGGAGCGGGAACAUUGUGGGCUUGUAACACGGAGCUGAGGCGAGGCUUUGCAAUAGUCUGCAGGCUUGUAAUGAUGCUUGCUCUUAUACAUGUGGUUGUAAUUCUGACGUACCAAACUCCAUGGCCUCAGGCGCAGCUUCCAGCAGAUAGCCCUUGGGCCCGUUAUCUUGGUCUUGUACCCGUCUAUACAAGUAAUUGCACCAAUUCAAGGGAAGUUGAUGUCGCAGCUGACGACUGGGUCAGCUUCACCGAACCAGUGAGGCUCAUAUGGCUGUACUACAUUCUUGCACUACAGUCUCAAUUCCUAAUUCAAAAACCUGAAAAAAAAAUGACACGAUUUGGUGGAAAAUUGGAGAACUUAGACACACCUUUGUCACGCCACGUGUCUGCGAGACGGAGAACACCCUCGCAAAGAUGGCAAUCAGCGCGUCGGAAGGCUCGUCUGAUGCGGUUUGGUUCUGGACGGGCUGGACUUCUUCAAGAUUCAACGGGUAGCGUCAUUAUUCAAGACGGGCAUCACGAUGACAGUAUUCAGAUGCAGUCCAUGAGUGAAGGGGCCACAGAAGAGCAGCCUGGGGUAUUUGAACAAGUUAUCAUGGCAUUCUACGCAAUAUUUCAACUUAUAAUUCAGUCAUCGUAUUUGGCUACAAAUAUUGUCAUGAUGGCUUGGAGUAUAACGUAUCACAGUUGGACAACAUUUGUUCUCCUAUUGUGGGCAAUAAUAUUAUGGAUGGUGCCAAACAAGCGAUCAUGGAUGAUGAAGUGUUCUCCUUUCAUCGUUAUGUAUGCAACUCUGCUACUAAUCACGCAAUUCAUAUUUAAUUUGAACCUAACUAAGGAUGAGCUACCAGAUAUGAUUUAUGAUGUUGAACUCUCGCAGAUUGGAUUUACUAAAACUGACCAAUUACAUAGUUGGCAUCUCCUUGUGAAGUGUCUUUAUACGACUAUGUUUUGGAUAACAAUGAGACAAUACAUGGUGGAACGAAAACAACAACGCCGAUCAUCUGCCUUAAGAGAUAUGGUAGCUCCUCUUCAUGUAUCUGUCUCGACAGCAACUACAGCGAUGCAACAAGAGAUGCCGGAGAUAAGAAGUAAAUUUAUGAAAGAUGUUGGAACAUUAAUUCAACGGAUACUAACGAAAUUUUGGAUUGCUGUUGUCGCUAUUAUGUUAUUCACCAGUGGUAUCACCGGUGAGCGCAUGACAGUAUUUAGAAUCAUUUAUAUGUCGCUGUUCCUUGUCUUCGUCAUCACUUUCCAGAUAUCAUGGUUUGCUUGGAGAAGAAUGAUGUAUGGAUUUUGGAUCACUGUUAUUGCAUACUCCGUCAUUAUGCUCAUCCUUGUCUAUACCUACCAAUUUCACAAAUUUGACGAUUAUUGGACAUACAUAAACGUUGAUAAAGACUUGCAGAAGGAUAUAGGCUUAGAAACAUAUCAGACGAAGGAUCUUUUUGUACGCCUACUAACACCUACGUUUUUUGUCAUAAUCACCGUCGUGCAGAUGCACUAUUUUCAUCAAGACUUUUUGAACGUGACAGAUAUUGAAAAGAUGAGGCCUGUAGCAGCCACAGACGUCAGCCAAAAUCAGACAAAUGAACCUCAAGCAGAGACCUCAGUUGCCGCUGCUGUAGGACAAAUACCAAGAUCAAUAUACACGCUGAAGCAGUUGAAACAAAUGUCAAAGAUGGAGAAAAAGGCACUUCUUCAACAAGUUCUAAAGCGCUUGCACAACUUCUAUAACCAUGUUUGGUUAUUCCUGGAAAUUCACAUGGAGAAAAUUAUAUUUUCUUCAAUGAUGCUGCUCUGCGUCAGUGAUGUAUGUGCAAUUCACUUCCUGUUUGUCCUUACAAUAGUGAUAGCGAUAAAUCUUCGACAGAGCAUACAGAUAGCUGCAAUCAAGGUAAUGACCGCGACUAUAGCAGUUCUGAUGGUCAUUAAAAUGCUCUAUCAAAUAGAAUACAUCAGCCACAACAGCUAUGAUAGGAAUUGUACAAACAACAUAUCUGCUAAUGACUCGCCACUUGCUUCGAACCAAACGAUCUAUAAUAUUGCAGAAUGGAUAGGAAUGAGGAAAGAGCUACCAAACAGGCUGCCUAUACUCUUGAAGGGAUACAUUGGCAUAAUAACUGUAACUACGUUUCGAGGAAUCAUUUUAGUGCGACAAAUGUUCUAUAGGCAGAUGAGAGGCCUCUCUUUGAAAACUCCACUGAUCAUGUUCCCAAGUAUCACAAGGAAAGACGCAGAUAUGGGAAUCAUUGAGUGUCUGAAGUUCUUGUUCAAUUACGGGUUUUAUAAAUUUGGCCUUGAAUUGUGUUUUAUAGCAAUUAUUGCUCUCAUCAGCACCAGACUUGACUUUUAUUCCGUACUCUACGCAGCCUGGCUGGGGUUUUUAUACUGCUUCCGCAGACCCACAUUGUCUAAAUUAUGGCCGAUUUUUCAGUGCUUUGGUAUUCUGAUCAUACCCAUACAAUAUUUCAUUGUAGUUGCUCCACCACCAUGGCUCUGCAUUAAAUACCCGUGGUAUGAAUCGGAGUUUCUUCGUGAUUUACAGGAGUGGAUGUUCUUUCCAGACCCAGACUUUCCACCAAAUUCAAAAAAACUUCUUUGUGACUUUUUUCUUCUACUCAUGAUCACACGUCAACGACUGGUCUUUUAUAUCGAGGCGUUGCAAAAAGAAACUGGUGAAGAAUAUUCAGCAGGUCAUAAUUACAGCGUGUAUAUGGAUAUGGAGAAACCACAUUUUAUUAAUCCUGUGGGAGAUUUUGUGUCACACGCUCAUACAUGGCUAGACGUCAUUAAGCGGGGGGUACUCUCCAGCUUGCUCUGGAUAUCACUGUCCAUCAUGUUCUUAGCUGGUACCAACAGAACCAAUCUCUUCUCGUUAGGAUACUUGGUUGGAGCAUUUGUGUUUCUCUGGCAGGGUAGUGAUUUCUAUCUUCGUCCGAUAAGAAUUAUCCUAAAAUGGUGGAACGUUUUGAUUGGUUAUAACAUCACAGUCAUUAUGCUAAAGACAGUGUUACAAGGGAUUGGAUGCAUAUACAUGGAAGAGCUCGAAGAUUCUGCUUGUUGGCUUGUUCAACUCCUGGGUAUUGCAUGCCUGAAGAAAUUCAAGAGUAACGUACCUGGAGGUUUUAUAGAUGACAAGUGUCGGGUACCAAGGGAGGAUAUUGGAAUGGUUUGGGAUGCAUUAUGCUUUGCAUUUCUGAUAAUGCAAAAGCGACUGUUCAAGAGCUAUUACUUCUUCCAUAUCGUAGAUGAGACCAAAGCAAUGAGCAUCCUAGCUUCUCGAGGUGCUGAACUCCUCGAAGAGUUACACGAAAAGAGAAUAGAAAAGCAAGACUCAAUGGAAAAAACAAUUUUGGAAAAACUUAAAUUCAAAAUGGACAAGAUCAAAGCGAGUCAAAAGAAAAUAAUGGGCCCUGUUUACAAAGAUCCAGUUUCCCAUCGUGCUGAUUUACUCUAUCCAGGAUCGCGACCAUUGUACAGACGUCGUCCUCCAACGACUAACAGAGAGGCCGUUAGAUCCGGUGACUACUACAUGUUUGACGAUAUGGAUGAUGACGAUGUCAGUGAAUUAGUUGCCGAUGAUGAAGAUAAGAAGGAAGAGAAAAAACAACGAAAGCGAGACCCACCUGGACGUAGAAUGACCAUUUCAGAGUUGGUGAACACUGUUUUAAAGACAGAUAUAGAGAUAGCAACGCAUGUCGCCUUGCACGGGGGAACGCCUCAAGAUGCCCUCCAAAUUCGACGGCGCAGUGAACCGAUGACCCGCAAGAAAUCAUCAAUGUCCUAUCUCAGUGCUCGCUCUGAAACAGAUACUGCUGCACCUGUUGAUGAUCGGGAUGAUGCUAGAAGUAUAGAUUCGGCAGACCAGGACGGAGCAGAAAGGGAGAUGAGGGCGGAUGAUCUGACAAGGACUUCUAUUCCCUCAGAGGAUGAAGAUGAGAACGUGGAAGACGAGAAGAAAAUUUCGAUUACCACAUACUUCAAGUUUGUCUGGGCGUUUAUCAACAGUGCCAUUGUGUCCAUGACAAAACACUUGAAUAUUUACUCACAGGACUAUCGGUACAUACGAAAGGUUUUGACCGAAGAAAAAAAGAACUUGAAGCAAAAACCCGACUUCAGAACCGGUACACGUUUGGGAAUCAGUCAAAUAUGGCAACCAAUAACUAAAACCCAACAAGCAUCUUCGACAUCAACGAUCGGCAACAACACUGAUGAAACAUCCGAAGAGGGCAGCCGACCUGUGGGCCAACCCCGUCGCCUCCAAGAUAGGAAAGAGAGCUCGCUGACGGUGCCGCACAUUCGUAUCCUGGCGCCUAGUUUGGAGCGAGGAUUAGAUAUGUCUUCCUCCUCCUCCAGUUCCAUCAUAUCCCAAACAACUAUAUCACAUCCAGAUGAAGGUCAGGCAGAAUUAUCUGAAAAGGAUCAACCACCGAUAAUCCAACUAUUGGUUUCAAUUUGGUUUGUGAUAUUAGCUCACUCUAACCUGAUGUGCUACUUCAUGGUGUUUCUUCAUCAGAUUAAGAAUGCUUCGAUUUUAUCGUUACCACUGCCAUUAAUGGUGUUUCUCUGGGGAACCCUGACAAUACCAAGGCCCUCAAAAACCUUUUGGGUUACUCUGAUUGCCUACACCGAGAUCGUCGUGAUCAUAAAAUGUGUAUUUCAAUUCGCGGUUCUCCCAUGGAACAACGAUGCCCCCACUAAUAAGCCCUUCCUUGCUCAGAGAAUAAUUGGCAUCGAGCGGAAAUCAAACUAUGCACUUUGGGACUUACUGAUACUGCUUAUCGUCUUCUUUCACAGACUGAUGCUGAAAUCUUUGGGACAAUGGAACACUUCAACGCCAAAGGCAAGAAAAGUGAUUCCUUCUCAUUUGCUGAUAGACACAACUCAGUCGCCAAUCGUGGGUGAUAGAGGACAAGGAGAACAAACUGUAGUCCGAACAGAAGAUGUUUUAAUUGAAGACAAUAAUCAGAUACGAAGAGAAAGUUUGAGAAGAUCAGGAGAUGAAAGAGAUCUUUCCUCGUUAGCUGGGGAUAAUGAUAGAACUCUCAUUAUACGCACAGAAGAAAUUGAUCCAUGUGAUGAAAAUUUAACCACUGCGAUUGGCAUGACUGCCAAAAAGUACGUAGAACCAAUGAAGAUAUAUUUCCAGAACAUACUGAACGCCAAUGGUAAAGAGAAGACCAAUGUAUAUGCGUACAUGUUCUUCUGUGAUUUCUUCAAUUUUCUCUUGAUUAUCUUUGGAUUUUCAGCAUUCGGAACUCAACAAGGAGAUGGUGGAGUAGCAGCAUAUCUAUCUGAGAACAGAGUUCCGAUGCCAUUCCUGCUGAUGCUGCUACUUCAGUUUGCACUUAUUGUAAUUGACCGAGCGCUCUUCUUACGGAAAUACAUUCUUGGAAAAUUGAUUUUCCAGUACUGUCUAGUUGUAGGCAUUCACAUAUGGAUGUUCUUCAUAUUGCCAAGUGUCACUGAGAGACAAUUCAACGAAAAGCUACCACCACAAAUUUGGUAUAUGGUGAAAUGUUUCUACCUGUUACUAGCAGCGUAUCAACUGCGUCUUGGCUAUCCUACUCGCAUACUUGGAAACUUUUUAUGUAAAAAGUACAGCAUCGUCAAUUAUUGUCUCUUCAAAUUAUUUAUGAUAGUUCCAUUUCUUUUUGAAUUACGAGCUGUCAUGGACUGGAUUUGGACUGAUACAUCAAUGACAAUCAUGGAUUGGUUUAAGAUGGAAGAUAUUUUCGCUAGCAUCUAUCAACUCAAGUGUAUGAGGGGUGUCGAAACAGAUUUUCCACAACCACGAGGUAUCAAGAAGCAGCAAAUGAGCAAGUAUUUGACUGGUGGGAUAGCCCUCUUUCUCAUGAUUGGCAUAAUUUGGUUCCCACUACUUCUAUUCGCUCUUGGAGGCACUGUUGGAGUGUCGAACAUACCCUACGAGGUAUCCAUGAAACUGCGCAUAGGCUCCUACGAACCGAUCUAUGCCAUGUCUGCGCAGAAUAGCUCCAUAACCACAUAUAGUGAUACAGAAUUCACUAAACUCCAGCAACUGUAUGCGACUGAUCGCAGUGCGGCAACAUUCCUUGAGAAUUAUAUUCACUCAGACGUGGCAGCAGUCAAGUUGGGUGCAUCAUCAAGACGGCUAUGGGCAAUUUCACCUCCUGAUUUGGACAGGCUGAAAGCAGAACUUAACUCGUCACUCACAGUCACGAUGCACGUUGAGUGGUCUGUGGCCAGGAAAACAGAUGUAAAAGAUGUUGGCGAAGUAGCGACUACGCUACGCGAUAUACAGUUACCGGCCACGAUUAACGGGCAGCCAAAUCGUCUGCGAUUGGCUUUGCUGAAGAUGCUCACAUUGCAAGACCAGACCACAGAUGGAAGCAGCGUUUCCUCAGAGAUAAUCACGUUGUUUAACGCUUUUCCAAAGUUCCUUAAAGUCACCAAUAGACUGACUGAUGUUGUGCCGCAGCUUAUGAAUUUUCCGGAAAUAGUUCGAGAAGAUGAAACCAACACCGACUAUUUGUAUCGAAAUGUAACGUUAAUGCUGUCAGGAAACUUCAAUUGUUGUGCUCCCCAAAAAUGGUGGAUAGUCAACGAGGACUGCACUGAUAUUAUAUACACGAAUCGCCUCAAAGAGAUUCCAGAAAACGAUUGUAAAAAUAUCAUGAUGCUUCUGUUCAAUGACAAAGCAUUCCCAAAGGAGCUCAGUUUCAUCUCUGGAGUUGGAAUCCUUGGCUUGUAUACGACAGCCGUCAUCCUCGUCAGUCAGAUGCUCAGAAGAAACGUGAGCGAAAUGGCACCCAAAAUAAUGUUUGAAGAUCUUCCAUAUGUUGAUCGCAUACUACGCCUCUGUCUGGAUAUUUACCUGGUGCGAGAAAGUGGGGAACUAUGUCUAGAGGAGGAUCUAUUCGCAAAGCUAAUAUUCCUCUACAGAUCGCCGGAGACAUUAAUCAGAUGGACACGUCCUCCAGAGCCUGGGGAACAAGCUGAUGACAAUGAGGACGGAAAUGCAGAGGAACGUGAAGAACAUGGCGGUAUGCAGGCUGCGUAAGGUGUAUCCCGAGAUACUCCGUCCACUGUUUGUCACUAUAUCCCUACAUAAAAGGUUAUAAAUGGGGGAAGCCAAGUAUGAAUCCACCCCAUCUAAUGCGCGAACCGACCACACUGUAUGUAGGCUGUUCCUAAGCACAUCACGUGUUAACAUCGUUAUGUACGCAGUGUUUGUAAAGUGGUCAAAAUUUUGUCAGGAAUUUCAAGUUUUCGAGAAGCAUCAUCUUCUGGGUCGUUUUAUCAUUAUAAUUGUACGUAAAAUGUUUACACGUGUGUGCUGCCAGAUUUUUUUACUAUACAGCCAUUGUUUUCACAAUCUUGUGGUCGCUUUAUGUGUGUAAGUAAUUACACAGUUUCUAAAGUUGCUGAAAUCAGUUAGAGCUACGCAAAAAGCAAAUCUACAGACAAAAUUCUCCAAAACUCAAAACGUACAAUUACAGUGUUAGAAACGUUAAAGUGAAGUAACAGCCUUCUUCGUUGUGUAGCGUCUGUUACGUGGCGUACCUACACGCGUAUAUCAAAAAUUUUAAUUUUAUCAGAAAAACGCACACCGAAUGGGUGAAUUUUUCGCAUUACUGGACCUGGCUAAUGAUUUUAACACAUCGCGUGCUCCUGCUUUCCCAUUCAUAUAGUUUAAGAUAUAAUAUAAUAUAUUAAAAUAAGAACGACGUUGGUCUGUGACGUGUUAUUUAUAAUUAAUAUCGUAAUACUGUCGAUUCGUUUUAUACAUUUAUAUUACUGAUUUUUUUUUUCAUCAAACUGCCAUGUCCUACCCCCAUGUGCUCUGUAAUAUUUAUAUACAUAACACGUAGGAAGCAUAUGUUUCCUCGUGAAUUCAUGAAUGUUUUAUCUUACUCACUAAAUAUUGCAGUCAUUACUUGGUCAUUUUACUUUAUCAGUGCCUUGUUAUGCGGGUUAUUUUUUACCGCAACAUAUUAUUGUAUGUACCGCAAUUACGCCUUCAUGCUUACCUCGUCGCGUCGUAGCGAUAUAAUGUUAAUUAUGUAUCAGCAUUUGUAAAUAUCAGGAUAUAUCAAUAUACAUGUUAUAUAAUA